UGACACACCAUACUGAUAAGCCCACCGCGUCACAACGUGUGCAAUCAUCUGUGUGAACGAACGCGUGAGAUGAACCGGCGUGCUAAGAUAAUGGGGGGAUCAUAGCAACCACACACCACGACUACAACCACGUCGGACGACGACGACAACGACGACGGCGAUGUUUACUUAGAUGAUUUGAAAUAAUCGCAAGCUUUUCGCAGGUGGUGCAUCGGCUGCGAAGUAGAAGGACAGCGCGAUCGUCGUCGCGCAGUCGUAAGUGAGAAUCGCGCCACAACGGUCACCAGUCAUCGAGGUACACGGUACUGUAAUGGCACCGCAAGCGAUCAGCAUGGUAUUUACGGUGGAGCAAGGCGCAAGUGGUAAGGCUAUGGACCAACGGAAGGACACAACACCACAGGAUGGGCAUAGCUUCGAUGAGGCGCUCGAACUGGCCGGGUUCGGUCGUGUGCAGAUCGUGCUGGUGAUCCUGUCCGGGCUCGGAAUGAUGGCAUCGAUCAACGAAGCGAUGGGUAUGAGCAUCAUCCUGCCCGCGGCCCAGUGCGAUCUGGAUCUGAACGCGGCCGAGAAGGGUAUCGUCGGUGGGGCCGUAUUUCUCGGCACAAUGUUCUCUUCCUACUUCUGGGGUUACCUGGCGGACACUAGGGGACGCCAGAUCAUCCUGAAGUACGCUCUGUUCGCGACCUCGUUCUUUGGUGCCGCCUCCUGCAUCGCGAAUGACUUUGUCUCGCUGUUGAUCCUGCGCUUCCUCACCGGUGUCUGUGUGGCCGCACCGGCCUCAACGGUAUACGCGUACCUGGGCGAGUUUACGACGCCCAGCAAGCGCAGCCAGAUGCUCUCGUUUGCCUCGGUCUGGGGUGGCGUCGGUAUCAUCUAUGUGUCCCUGGUCGGAUGGUGGAUACUGUCGUACGAUUGGGUCCUGACCAUCGGCGACUCAUUCCAGUUUAAACCGUGGCGUCUGCUGUUCAUCGUCAACACGCUGCCCGCCUUCCUGAACGGGAUCGCCUUUUGCUUCUGCCCCGAGAGUCCCAAGUUUCUGCUGUCCCAGGGCCGGAACGAGGAGGCACUGGAAGUCCUGCGAAUGGUGUACCGGAUCAACAAUCCAUCACGGCGAAAGGAUGAAGGAGCGUACGAGGUGACGAAGCUGCGACUCGAUCCUGAAGAUAUGAUCGCACGCGAUCGCCAGGAGCAGGACGGUAAAUCGGUAGGUCUGCUCCGCUCGAUGGUACAGCAAACGGUUCCGAUCCUAAAGCUGCCGUUCCUCUGGUACUUCCUUAUCUGCUGCAUGCACAACAUCGGCGCGUUCGCAAUUUACGGUGGUCUGGGUCUUUGGUUUCCCGACAUCAUGAACCAGAUCUAUUCGCAGGGUGAAUCGACCACAGUUGGACUGAAGGUGUGCGACAUACUCCAGAGCAACAGUAGUACCGCCGGUUCAACGCAGGAAGAGUUUGAGUUGUGCGACGAUGACGUAAAGUUCGAGACCUUCUUCUACACCAUGGUGCUGGGUAUUUUCGGUGCCAUCUACGCACUCAUUACCUCGGCCAUUUUGGGGCGGUUCGAUCAGAAGGUGAUGAUGGUGUUCAACUGUACCGUGGCCGGUAUCUGCGGCAUUGCGCUGCAGUUCAUCGCCAACUCGUACGCCGUGGCCAUCCUGUUCUGUUUCGAGAUCGUCUUUGCCGGGUACUGUGUGCUGCUGGUCAAUGCCAAUGUGGUCGCCAUUUUCCCCACUAAUGUGAGAGCGAUGGCCGUAGCAUUGACGAAUAUGAUCGGACGUCUGAGCUGUUUCGUGGCGAGUGCGGUCAUUGGUUUAUUAAUGAUGCAAAACUGCCCCGUCACCUUCUACAUGUUAUCCGCGUUGCUGUUUCUCUGUGCUGGCUUGACGUUUUUGCUUCCCAAAACGUGAUAUGCGCCCGCUAGAUCCACCCCCAACUACCCUCCCCCUUCUCUCCUUCGUUCCUUUCGGUGGAUGCGUAGUCCAAAGUGCUUAAUUAUGUUAUCAACAUGUAAAUAAACUAUUCAUUAG